AUGGAGAUUGAACAGCCGAUUUUCAAUCCAGCGAAGAGGAGAAAAUUCAUACGCAGGCGCGCAACAACGCCACCCGCAGAGCACCAGUCGGAUUUUCAAGAUCAGGCGCCUGAGCUCGCUACGAACGACCUCACCCAGUCUGCUACUCCUACCUUGGAGGACGAUGGUGCAGCCGCACCUAUCGCUGAGAUCAUUCGUGCUCGAAAGGGAUUGAAAUCCCGCAGAGCUGGAAUAGAAUUCUCGACGGGGCCGAGAUGGGGUUCAGAAAAGACACCUCGACCAUCCUCAGAAGGGACAGUGGCGAGCGAGGCUGGAGAUGGUGGUUUAGGCGGGAUAUCAGACCGGUUUGUUGGUCUUACGGGACAAAAGGUUGAUGUAGAUAGGCAUAUGAUGACCUAUAUAGAGUCUGAGAUGGCCAAACGUCAUCGCCGCAGCCCAGCGGUUGAAUCCACACACGACCAGUUAGAACCCGAAGAGAUCAUCAACCAAGGCCCAGACCACAAGCUACCUCAGCGCCAGCCAGCUACUUUGGGUAAACUUCAUGAGAUAGAUCUCGGCCCGGACUCGAAAUUGCGGAAUAUCGAACGAACAAAAGCCGCUACGAGAAAUCUGGCGAGUGGCGAGCCUAUACAGACUGAAGAUAAGGAUGUAGGGGGAAAGAAAUCUCGCGUAGAUAAAGACGGAAAGUCGUGGCGCCAUAGAAAACGACGCAAUAGUGAAGAUAUAAGACGGGAUCAACUUGUUGAAGAAGUAUUACGGGAGAGCAAACUUGAUGUCUAUGAGGAGCCCGAGCAAGAGUUUGGCGAUGAUCAGGCCGCGGAUGAUCGCAUUGCGGAACAGUUCAGACGUGAUUUCUUGGAUGCUAUCCAGUCGCGGAGACGUGGAGCCAGGUCAAAGAAUACGAAAUCCUCGAAAGGUGAUGUUCCUCGUGGCCCUAAGCUGGGCGGAAGUAGAAGCGCCCGAGCUGCAAUGCGCGAGAGGCAAGAAAAAGCAGCCAAGAAGUAAAUUUCAAACUUUUCGUGCUGUUACCUUACCCGCUGUGGAUAAUGGAUAUAUCCAUCUGAUAUAUCCUCAUGUGAAGAACUGGGUGGUUGAACGCAAAGCCCUCUGAGAAGUCUAUAGUCUGGUGGCUGCAGCAUAUAUAAAUGCACCGGGAAUGAAAUUCAUGACAAUGCUAUCCUGAACUUUUAUGGCAUAUUCGGGACCAACUGGCAACCAUAGCCUACUGUUAAUGAAGUUCACCUGCCAUUCAUUGUCCUUGGCUGCUUGGCAGCAUUUCCUAUCUGAGGCCAUCGACUCAUUACAGAUGAUAAAACGGGCAGGGUUACUGGUUGUCUAUGGAACCGUAGUCCCCAGGACUCGUCCGGCGGCCUCGUAGAUCCGAUCUACUAGCAAAAAUACGAUACCCACAGGAGCAACUUCGAACCCAGGGCUACCAGAAUCCUCAAACUUUGCAUUUUUUUAUCACCUUUCAUGGACGCCACGAAUGCAUCAUGUAUGUAUGUUCGAAGAAACAUGCUGGAUUCCCUUCGCGACUAUAUCGUCCUCAGGAGCCUGACCAUCUGCACCCAGGAUUUUUGGGUUUGAUGACAGCAAAAGCUCUUGGCUCUGCUGUUCUACUAGUUAACGUCCGACUUCAAUGAUGCCCCGAUUGCAUCCUUUAGUACUCCGUAAUUAGUAGUGUCCAAUGGUAGUUACGCUUUGAA